AUGGCUCGCCCACGAGCUGCGUCAGGGGCGGAUGCACCUAAAGAGCCACAUGCUGUGUCUCUCAAAGUCUUGCGUCUGUCUCGCCCCUCCUUGUCAUAUCAGUCUCCUCUUCCCACAGCCAAUACCAAAAUCGCUCCUGAGGCCUCACUGAGCUUUCCGUCAAAUCACACUGAUCAUCAAUUUAUUCUCACUCCUCUUCUCACGCUUCCCCCGUCGUUCGGAUCAGUCUACGUUGGUGAAACAUUUGCUUGCACCCUCAGCGCGAACAAUGAAAUCCCCAAAGAUGAUACGGAUCGAGUGGUCACCUCAGUCCGAAUUGUUGCUGAAAUGCAAACUCCUUCCUCAGUUGCCACUCUCGACCUUGAACCAGCCAUCGACACGGCCCAGUCAGAGGGCCUUCAACUUGGCGAAUCACUUCAGAAGAUCCUGCGCUACGAUCUGAAGGAGGAAGGUAAUCAUAUACUUGCUGUGAGCGUCAGCUAUACCGAGACUCGUAUUGGAGAAGAUGCGCAGGCGGCAAGUGGUCGUGUCCGUACUUUCCGGAAGCUCUAUCAAUUUGUCGCCCAGCCGUGUCUCAGUGUGCGCACGAAGGCAUCAGAGUUGCCGCCUCUGGAGGUGGAGAAUAAAUCUCUUGGUCCGUACGGAAAAACGCGUUUGCUGCGGUUCGCUCUCGAAGCGCAACUCGAGAACGUGGGCGAUGGGGCGGUCGUGGUAAAGAGUACACGGCUCAACCCGAAGGCGCCCUUCAAAUGCCAGUCGCUCAACUGGGAUGCCAGUGUUUCUGACCCAUCGGCAUCGGGGCCCCCAACCCUUAACCCACGGGAUGUCCUUCAAGUUGCCUUUCUCAUUGAGCAAGAGGAAAGUCGCACAGAAGGCCUCGAGGCCCUGCAAAAAGACCUUCGGCGGGACGGUCGUGCGACCUUGGGUCAAUUGUCGAUAGAAUGGCGAGGCGCUAUGGGAGAUAAGGGUUUUCUCACGACAGGCAACCUCAUGAGCCGAAGACGCCCCUAA